UUUAGGGUGCAACUCUAGGAUUUAAAGAGUUCAUGGUUGGAUUUUUGUAUGGAACCAAAAAUUUGCUGAAUGGAACUAUUGGAGGUAUUUCUGGUGUUUUAGAACGUAUUACUGGAGCUAUGGAUAAAGGAUUAGCCACAUUAAUAUUUAGUGAAAAUCAUAAAAAAAAAAGAAAUCUAUUACAAACACAAAAGCUUAGAUUUUUCAUAGCAGGGCAAAUAUUAGCUAUAGUAUAUAUUAUAUUGUUUCAAUCAUAAUAUUUAAAAGAUUUUGGUAAAUUUAAUUAUAAUUAAUAUCAUGUUUGAUACUAGGAUAUUUUACACAUCAUAGAAGAAAACUUUAAAAAACCAAUAAAAGGAUUUAAAGAAAAUAAAAUUACUGGCUGUUUUAUAGGUAUAGGAUUAGGUUCGAUUGGAUUUAUUACUCUUCCCAUUGUUGGACUAUUAUAUUGUAC